ACAUUACAAAAGUGCUCCCCAGUCCCCUGACACAAAGUAACAAGUCAACUCAAUGACAUUUAGAACUUGUGUUUCCACUUUUGCAUAAAGGAUUGCCUUACAUCUGUGUGUUUCUGUAAGGGUGUAUUUCAGAAUUAAAUAGCAAAGGUAGGCACGCUAUUUUCAUGGGUGUGCACAUCCUGACCUGUGUUGUCUUGUGACAUUUGAGAAAACACAUGCAGAGUGGUCUUUUAUAUAUGUGGGAGGAAAGGAAGUGGUGAGCUUGAAACAAGUGAAAUGAGCCCAAGCAGUAGUAGUAGCACCAGUGUAAGAUAAACUGUGAAAUCUCAUGGCCAUGAACACAUCAGGUAGAAUGGAUAGACUACCAUACAUCCAUCUGCUGAUAUUUUGCUGUUUUAGCUUCGUCUGCAUCUCUGGAAAAGCUGACGACUCUUUAUGUGCAGUGAUGGUCCGAAGAGGCGCCACAUAUAAAACUGUCCCACAACACAAUUUGACGGUCAACUGUCCCGUCAAACACUGUGGAGAACGAGGCCAUGUCACCUGGUGUAAACUGCUGGACACAAAUGAUUGUGAUCAGAUUAAAUACAAAGAGAAUAUAGAAAUAACACAGACUGACAUUAAGGAUGGAUUCAUCUCAUAUCUGACCUUUACACGUAUUUCCUCUCUUGAUGGCGGCCUGUACAGAUGUUUUUUAAAAGGAUACAAGUCUGAGCAAAUCAGUAACAGCAUCAACAUCUCAGUGUCAGAUUUAAACACGGACGGUAAUGACUCUGACUAUAGUGCAGAUGAGCUACCAAGCACUACUACUCCUUCCGUUGCACAUGCUGCUGCCACUGAGGUGUCCUGUCUGCCCUACUUCUACAUCUGUGUUGGCAUAGCUCUUCUGGUUUUCACACUGAUAGUGUUAACCCACAUGGAUUUUUAUGGCUGGAAACGAAUACUUACCUUCAACCAAACAAAGGGAAAGGUGUUGCAGGAAAGAUCGAGUCAGAUGAUACCUAACCUCCCCAGUGCGAGUGCUCCUUCCACUUUUUACUUACAUGAAAUCAAUUACUCUCCUGCGGACAGACCACCAUCACACCCUCCCCCGAUGAUCAAUGGGCAGCAGCCUGCUGCUGCAAACAUAGCAGCUGGAGGUCAAGUGUCAGAUCAUGCAGUGUAUGCAGCCAUCAUACACAGGUCUCAGAUACCUGCCGGAGAACAGCAUGUUGUGACGAAAAAGAACACAGCGUAUGCUGCCAUCAGUGUUUCCUGAACAUUUUAGAUUUGCCAUAGCAAGGCAUGCAGAUGGAAACAUGGAUGGAACAUUUUACAGUUAAGUGUUGGUGUCAUGGAACAGCAAUCAACCGCAUCUCACAAGAGGUUAACAGAUGAGGCUUUUGGUCACGCUGGUGCACAGCACACUCACUCAUACUCACAGCACACUCAUGGUAAAUGAACCAGGCGAACCAAAACCACAGGCAGCAUUGAAUGUCUUUUACAGCCUCAGGUUUGUUCCAGGCAUGGCUAUACUCAUUGUAUUUACGUGACUUGGAGGGCCUUUUCUACUUAUUUCCUUUUGUUGGCCAAAGCUUUGCUGUUUUGUAUGAAAAAACCCAUAGUGAGUAAGUAGAUGUCUUACGUGCAGGAGCACUAGUGUGCAUUAUUUCUUUCUGAUUUUGUAUGAAGACUGAAGUUUGGGAGGUUUCUACAUCUUUUCAAAAAUAAAAGCUUUCACAGUCACAGUUCA